CAAAACAGGCUGACCUAACGGAGGUCACCAUGAGCUCCCGUCUGAUGUGCUCCAGAACACCAGUCACUCUGAGUCACAGGUCAUUGUAAGAAGCAAAUUCCAAGUUAGAUUUCAAUCACCUAAAAACAAGGGAAGCUCUCUUGGGUCCUCACUUCCAAGAUGACCAAAAAAAGAAGGAAUAAUGGUCGUGCCAAAAAGGGCCGCAGCCAUAUGCAGCCUAUUCGUUGCACUAACUGUGCCAGGUGCGUGCCCAAGGACAAGGCCAUUAAGAAGGUCGUCAUUCAAAACAUCGUGGAGGCCGCAGCCAUCAGGGACAUUUUCGAAGCCAGUGUUUUUGAACACUUAAGGCUUCCCAAGCUCUAUGUGAAGCUGCAUUACUGUGUGAGUUGUGCCGUUCACAGCAAAGUGAUCAGGAAUCGAUCUCGUGAAGCCAGGAAGGACCCAACACCCCCACCCCGUUUCAGACCUGUUGCUGUUGCCCCACGACCUCCACCAAAGCCUGUGUAAGGAGCUGGGUCCUUAAUGAGUGAAGAAAAGCUAUCUUCUGGAAAAAAAAUAAAAUGGGAAUUAUAAUUCAAAAAAAAAAAAAAAAAAAAAAAAAAAACAAGGGAAAACAAA